AUGUUACCAGAGUCUGAACUGCUGCUGGUCGUUGUUGGCUUUAUGAUUGCCUUCGCAUUGGCCUUUGGCUUGGGUGCAAAUGAUGUCGCUAACUCUUUUGGGACCAGUGUCGGCUCAAAAGUGCUCACUCUCAGAGCUGCUUGCAUACUUGCAACCAUUUUUGAAAUUUCUGGCGCCGUUCUCCUUGGUGGCCAGGUAUCGGCAACCAUUCGUGGUGGAAUUAUCAAUCCAAAUCUAUUCAACGAAACUUCAAACGGUGCUAACUUGCUUAUGUACGGCCAGGUAGCAUCACUAGCAAGUUCGUGCAUUUGGAUGCUUGUUGCCACUUUCUUCAAAUUACCUGUCUCAGGUUCCCAUAGUAUUGUGGGUUCCACUGCUGGUUUCGGUCUUGUGCUCUUCGGUCUGGGUGGCAUUCAGUGGAUGGGUAUUUUGCGUAUCGGUAAGAACUGUUAUCUACUAUCACCUGCUACAGUUACCUAG